AUGUCAUCCGGCGCGCUGGUCGUCAACUCGUCUUCGCCUUCGUCGUCGUUUGUGGAAAUGUCCACAAGAUCCGGCGAGUGGCUCGAAAAAAAUUGGUCUCAUUGUCUUUACUGGCUCGUCGCGUACAUGAUCUUCCUGAAAUGGGGUCGACAAUACAUGCAGGACAAGCAACCGCUCCAGUUAAAGAAAUCGCUGAUCGUCUGGAAUGCGUUCUUCGCCUGUUUCAGCGUCAUCGGCUCGAUCCGACUUUUCCCCGAGUUUUACCACACGGUUAUGGAAUUGGGCUUUUGGAAAUCUUAUUGCUUCGUUGGUACCUUCUACAAGGGCAAGUACAGCUACUGGGUAACGCUGUUCCACUUCUCGAAGCUGCUAGAGUUGGGCGACUCCGUGUUCUUGGUGCUUCGCAAGCGUUCGAUCCUCUUCGUACAUUGGUACCACCACGCCACGGUACUGGUCUACUCAUGGUUCUCGUACCACUACUUCACGGCACCGGCUCGCUGGGGUGUAGUCAUGAAUCUCCUGGUUCACUCGUUUAUGUAUACCUACUACUUGUUCAGGUCGAUCGGUAUACGUCUCCCGUGGUUCAUCGCACCGUGUAUCACCACCAUGCAGUUGAUGCAGUUCGUUCUCGGCACCUAUAUCUGUACCGACGUGUUUUUGCGCGUCAUGAGGCGCCGUAGCUCAUGCGAAACCGAUCCGACUGUCGCCGCCAUUCAGCUCUUCCUCUACUUCACAUUCCUUGUCUUGUUUGCUAACUUCUUCUACAAAUCGUACAUCUGCAAGAAAAAGCUCCGCAAGUCUGAGUAA